AUGGCUGUUUACAAUUCUGAUCGAAUUCCAGUGCCGCCAGUGAGGAAGAAGGCCACAUACUUCGCAGAUACUAGAAAGGGCGAGGUGGGAGAGUUGCGUCUGCUGUUGAGGAAGAUGUUGCUGGAUUCAAACACUCUGUCGACGACGGAGAAGAUCGUCUCGCAGAUCGUGGACCCGAGCAUUGACCACAUAAAGGCGCUGAACAUGAAGAGGAGAGAUAUACUGAAGAGACUCAUCGGAACGAUGACGAUGGGAAUCGACCUGUCGUCGCUGUACACAGACGUAGUCAUGGUAUCGCAAACAGACGACCCAGUCCAGAAGAAGAUGAUUUACCUGUAUUUGUCAAACUAUAGCGUGAAUAACGCGGACCUGGCAGUGCUGGCGAUCAACACACUGCUGAAGGACAUAGAAAGCGUGGACCCAGUGAUUAGGUCGCUGGCGCUGAGGAACCUGUCCUCGUUCGGAACAAACCUGUCGAACGAGUACGCAACAGUGUCAGUUCUGAAGAAGAUGUUCGACCCGUCAGACUCAGUGAAGAGGACAGCAAUAAUAGGGUCGAUAAGAAUAUAUAAGUCAAACUGCACAGUAUACGGAAACGAUUCGAAGAACACGUUUGACCUUUUGCAGGACCUGAAGAUGGCGCUGAGGUCGUCGAACGUGCACGUCAUGCUGGACUCGAUGUGCGCAGUGUCGGAAAUAGCGGACUACGAGCGGAAAAUACCGCUCUCGACGCGGACCGUAAUAUACUUGACAAACUGCCUGAAAAACAUGGACGAGUGGGAGCAGUGUUCGGUGCUGGAGUUGCUCUGGACGUACAACCCGGGAGACCGAGAGGAAAUGUUCGACCUGAUGAACCUGCUGGACGAUAAGCUGAAGCACAACUCGUCAGCAAUGUUCCUGGCGACGGCUAAGUGCUUCCUCAUGUGGACGAGAAACGAGCUGUUCCUGCAGCUGGAAGUCGUGCGUAGACUGCAGGACCCGUUUAUAUCGCUGAUCAACAGGAGCAGGAAUGAGAUUGCAUACGUCCUGCUGGCAAACAUACUGUGUCUCAUCGUAAACGUGAAGCAGCUGUUGUUGGAUAACCCGGGCUUCGAAGACGAGGAAAACUCGAUUGCAAACUACGAAGUUCCAUUCGUGGAGUACUACGAGCUGUUCUACUGCCGCUACGACGAUCCCAUGUACAUAAAGCACGUUAAGAUAAACAUCCUCCUAUCGAUAUGCACAGAGAAAAACUGCGUCAACAUCAUAAGAGAGUUGAACGAGUACGUGUCGGAAUCGAAUCAUGAUAUCGCAAACAAGUCGAUAAUAGCUCUAGGCAUUGUUGCACUAAAGCUGCCAGAUCAACUGCCGUUCAUAAUAAAACAGAUAAAGGACAUUUAUAACUUCAAUUUGCCACACCUGAACGCAUCAGUGUUAUACGUCAUUAGGACGCUGUUCGCAGUGUACCCGGAAUGCAGUAGCGAUUUAUUGGAGAUAGUGAAGGAGCCAUCGGAAGUAAUCACGUACCCGGAGGCAAAGGCACAUCAUAUAGCAAUACUAGGUGACUACGGAUGUGAUCUCGAUCACACACCAUACACACUAGAGGAUUACAUUGAUGACCCGAAUCGCACGGACACGAUGACGUUGGAGUUGCUGCCGGCAUCAAUCAAGGUGUUUCUGAAGAGACCGGCAGAAAUGCACGAGGCAAUGGCAAGGCUGUUUCAAAGCGUAUUGUACGUGUCAAAGAACCCGGACCUGUUGUCGUCAGCCGACUACUACUAUAAUCUGCUACUGCUGGGACCAGAGGAGGUGGAGAAGGUGCUGUUUGAAGGGGAUCAUUACAGACAGAAGCCAGAUAAGGAUUUCUUGCUGGGACAGCAAAACUACUUUGCACCGGAUCCAGAUUGGAGAGAGCACUUUAACACAGUGAAUCUGAUGGAGAGCUGCCAGGGAUUCUAUAGCUCAAAGAACGCGAAAUAUUUCUUCCCGUUCGAACACAAGAACGUUCCCACGGACAUUUUCAGAGAGGAGAACAUACGCAAGGCAGUGGAGGAGUGCUCGCCCAGGAGCCUCGAGGUUCAGCUACCCACUGACGCCCUGAUACGCCAGUCGACGAGCAUGAGCAACGAGGACAUGGCGCUUGUCAGUGAGCUGGAGACGGAGAUCAAGUACUUCAACCUCGUGAACCCGAGCACGCUCAUGUCCGAGGAGUUCCAAAAAAUAUGGUUUGAGACUGAGAACGCGUACUCGAGCGAAAUGCCGGCCCAUCCAAGUGAAUUUAGUCUCGACGACCUCGAGGUCAUUUUCUCAACUCUGCACAUCAUAACGCUGGUAAGCGCAAGUUAUAAUCGUUGCCACCAGGUGUCAGGAACCAGUAAGAACGUGACGAGGUUCUACAUGUACACGGAAGACAAACAAGGGCUGGUUUAUUAUAUUGAGAUCCUAGUGACGAGGGGCGAUGAAGGAAGCAGUGGCUCCGUAAAGGUGACAUUGAAGGUGACUGAGCACAACUGCAACGAGUCCUCUCUGCAGUCGUUUGCUGAAAUUUUAUGCGAUUUCGUGAACAGAUGGGUAAAUCGAUGA